AUGUCUAGCAAUACCAUGGAGAAGGCACCUCCGUUGUUUUUGUCAUUGCCAAACGAAAUCGUUGUAGACAUCUUAGCCCGCGUACCUAGACGGUAUCACCCAAUUCUCUCUUGCGUGUCGAAGAAGUUGCGAUCACUCGUACGUUCCUCUGAGCUUAACAAGACGCGAUCUCUCAUGGGACGUGAUUGCUUCUACGUCUGCUUUAGGGAAGAUUUUGGUCCACGCUCAACCUAUACCUAUCAUUGGUUCACUCUAACUGAGAAUCGUCGUCUGGUGUCGAUAGCAGUCCCUUGUACGCCUGAGCCAUACGCGGCUGCUCUCAUGGUGGGUCCUGAGAUCUACUUAGUUGGCGGCUCUGUUUAUCAUCCUUCGAGGAAUAUAUGGAUCCUCGAUCCCUCGUCUGGAAAGUUGCGUCAGGGUCCAAGCAGGUUUGUGGCCACCCUGUCCGCAGCCGUGGGACUAGUUGACGACAAGAUUUACGUUUUUGGAGGGGGACGCGAAGACGAAGAGAUCCAAGCGCAAGUCUUUGACCUCAAGACUCAAACUUGGCAAGUCGCGCCACAUCCUACUAUGCACUUGCAAACCAUAUGGAUGUCCGUGGUAAGCCCGUCACUAGACAGAAAAAUUUAUGCCAGGAAUUCUCUGGGGGCCGUCAUGGUAUAUGACCCUAGAGAUGGUCAAUGUGACCUCAUUAGGAUACCAGAUAAUGAUGAAUACAGUAAAUAUGUGUGUGUGAUAGACAAUGUGAUAUACAUGCAUUGCCAUGGUGUUGGGUUAAUGUGGUAUAACUCUAAGACCAGCGAGUGGAGAGGGGUUCAUGGUUUGGAACUCAAUGAGUGGUAUUGGGAUCUCGCACUGGUUGAAUAUAAUGGAAAGCUGGCGUUUUUGUGGCGUCAAGUAGGAGUAGCCAAGAGUGAGAUUUGGUGUACAAUGAUCGUCAUGUAUAGGAGUGGACAAGAGAUUCGCGGGCACGUGGAAUGGUCUAGUUGCGUACUUCCCGACGUCCCACGUCACUACGAGAUUAUGCAUUGCUUAGGCCGUACAGAUUAA